ACAGAUUCCGGAAAGGGGAAGAGCAGCCAACAUGGCGGCGGAGCGCGGUUCGGGGCAGCAACAGUCGCAGGAGAUGAUGGAGGAAGAACAUGAGCUGCCUGUGGACAUGGAGACCAUCAACCUAGAUGGAGACGCUGAGGAUGUGGAUCUAAACCAUUACCGCAUUGGGAAAAUCGAAGGGUUUGAGGUGUUGAAGAGAGUGAAGACUCUCUGCCUGCGGCAGAACUUAAUCAAAUGCAUCGAGAACUUGGAGGCGCUGCAGAGCCUUCGCGAGCUGGAUCUCUAUGACAACCAGAUCACGAAGAUGGAGAACCUGGAGGCACUGACAGAGCUGGAGGUUCUCGAUGUUUCUUUUAACCUGCUGAGGAACAUUGAAGGAAUUGACAAGUUGACUCAACUGAAAAAACUCUUCUUGGUCAACAAUAAAAUCAAUAAAAUUGACAACAUUAGCAGUUUGCAUCAGCUACAGAUGUUGGAGCUGGGAUCCAACCGCAUCCGGGCCAUUGAAAAUGUUGACAGCUUGACCAACCUCGACAGUUUGUUUCUGGGGAAAAACAAGAUUACUAAACUUCAGAACCUAGAUGCACUUACCAACCUCACCGUCCUCAGUAUGCAGAGCAACCGGCUGACGAAGAUCGAGGGGCUGCAGAACUUGGUGAACCUGCGGGAGCUCUACCUCAGCCACAACGGCAUCGAGGUCAUCGAGGGUCUGGAGAGCAAUAACAAACUCACGAUGUUGGACAUUGCAUCAAACAGAAUCAAAAAGAUUGAAAAUAUCAACCAUCUAACAGAGCUGCAGGAAUUCUGGAUGAACGACAACCUCAUCGAGAGCUGGAGUGACCUAGAUGAACUGCAGAGUGCCCGGGGCCUGGAGACCGUGUACCUGGAGCGGAACCCUCUGCAAAAGGACCCCCAGUACCGACGGAAGAUCAUGCUGGCCCUCCCCACCGUGCGGCAGAUUGACGCUACGUUCGUCAGGUUCUGACCCCUGCUCCGCACCGCCCCCUCCCCACGAUGGAGCUUCCCAGCCACGGUUUUUAAUCUUCCUCUUGCUCCUGAGAUGGUCACUCUGCCAACAGUCACAGCCCAAUGACAGUAAAGGC